UCCGUGAAUUGUUGUUUGGCGUCAUUUCGCUACCCUGAACAUCGAGGUGUUUAUUGAAGGGUGAAGUCGAGCCACAAUAGGAGCUUCCGCGACCUGUUUGCUGCAUGGGCUCAACCCUGUUCGCCUUCCAAGGGGAGCCGGAAAGUCGGCAUCCGGAGCAAGUAAAUAUGAAUCGAGGAUGCUCGAGAUCGAUCAGAAACAAGCUCUUCUGCUCGCCCGCAUCCAAGUACGCAAUUGCGCACAUGUGUAUACGGUGCAGCAUGUGUUGGGUACAGCAUGCGUCGCGUCGGAGGGUGGUUGCAUCGCAGUUGCUGCCGUUUCUGGUCUCGACGAGUGCCGCCUGCCGGUGCAUCUGCUUUUGGAAGGAAAAUACGGUUUCGUUCGACCCGUAUGCUUCAGCGCUGUACACGCGAUUGAACUCGUUUUGCUGUUCUCGUCAAUAGAUGAAUCAUUCGAGCAUAACCACACCAGCCCCUGUUCGAUGGACGCCGCGUGGGGAAAUGCACAAAAACAGACUUCGAUAACGAGUACAGAUAAAGGUUGGUUGCUUGGGCGGUUCACGACACGAGAAUUGGGUCAAGCACUGGGUUCUGUUUCUCGGGCGAUAGGCGGGUGGCUGCAGCAGCGCUGA